GACGGCAGGGGCUCGUCGUUGAGGGUGCCGUCGCUCCAGUCUAUUUCGUCUUCGAGGUCGUGGCGCAUGGUGGGAUGCCGGCGGGGCGUGUGGUGUGUGAGAUGUGAGGUGUCAGAUAUGUGGUGUGGUGUGUGGUAUGGUGUGUGGUGUCAGAUGUGAGGUGUGUGCGGUAUGGUGUGAGAUGUGUGAUAUGUGGUGUGCGGGCGGUUGGAAGAUGGUGGUGCUGUCGAUGCUGCCGUCGUCAACAAUGAGAGGACUGUGUCGAAAGAUGCUGUUAUCGAUGAUGAUGUUGUCGGUGCUGCUGUCGAUGCUGUCGAUGCCGUCAAUGCCGUCGAUACUCUCGACACUCGACACCACUCUCGACACCACCGUAGUCACCGUCGAAAGACCCACCUCAAAAGCUGCCGAGAGCAAGACCCCAAAACCCACCGUUAUCACGAUGUCUCAAAGAACCGUCGAAAGAACCACCUGGAAAGACAAUACCUCGAAAGCCACUGAAAGACAAUGCCUCGAAAGAGUCCUCAGAAAGACACUGAGAGAUAUCGAAACCUCAAAAGAUGUCGAAACCUACCUCAAAAGCCACCAAGCACGUUGACACGAAAGAUACCAAAACCAAACCCAAUGGGCAGCGCGUCCUCCC